UCUUCCUUCUUUUCACGCUUCGGCAACAUGGCUGCUGCGACGGUAGCCUCGGGUUCGUCCCCGACAUCGACCCCGGCCCCGACCCCAACCCCGGCAUCUGCCCCAGAUCCCGCCCCAGCCUCCGCCCCAGCUCCCGCAUCUGCCCAGCCACAGGGCCAGGCCCCGGCGUCGGCGCCUCCUCCGGCUGCCCCGACCGCGGCGCCGGCCCCCCUCGGGCCAGGGCUCCCCGGGCCGUUCCCCGGCGGCCGCGUGGUCCGGCUGCACCCGGUCAUCCUCGCCUCCAUCGUCGACAGCUACGAGCGUCGCAACGAGGGUGCGGGCCGUGUGAUCGGCACUCUGCUGGGAACAAUUGACAAACACUCAGUAGAAGUCACCAACUGUUUUUCAGUGCCACAUAAUGAGUCUGAGGAUGAGGUUGCUGUGGACAUGGAAUUUGCUAAGAAUAUGUAUGAAUUACACAAGAAAGUCUCUCCAAGUGAGCUUAUUCUGGGCUGGUAUGCCACAGGCCAUGACAUCACAGAACACUCAGUGCUAAUUCAUGAGUACUACAGCCGGGAGGCCCACAGCCCCAUUCACCUCACUGUGGACACCAGCCUCCAGAAUGGACGAAUGAGCAUCAAAGCCUACGUCAGUGCUUCCAUGGGUGUUCCUGGAAAAACGAUGGGAGUGAUGUUCACCCCACUGACCGUGAAAUACGUCUACUAUGAUACCGAGCGAAUUGGAAUUGACCUGAUCAUGAAGACGUGUUUCAGCCCCAACCGAGUGAUUGGCCUUUCAAGUGAUCUACAACAAGUUGGUGGGGCAUCAGCCCGGAUACAGGAUGCUCUCAGCACAGUGUUGCAGUAUGCUGAGGAUGUGCUGUCUGGAAAGGUGUCAGCUGACAACACCGUGGGCCGCUUCCUGAUGGGCCUGGUUAACCAAGUUCCCAAGAUUGCUCCUGAGGACUUCGAGACCAUGCUGAACAGCAACAUCAAUGACCUGUUGAUGGUGACUUACCUUGCCAACCUAACCCAGUCACAAAUUGCUCUCAAUGAGAAACUUGUCAGCCUGUGAGGAAACCCAGUGAGCAGCAGCUACAGCCAGGAACUCCACCUGAUAUGGGUCCUCCCUUGGCCCAACCCAUAGGAGAGAGAAGAAGAAAAGUGGAUUCUUCUUUAACCAUCAUCUUUAAGUUGCCUAUUUUCUGUAGAUGAGCUGUUUAUAACUCCAAAUAAACCACAGACAUCCCUUUUCCCUCUGGGUAAGGGAUUGAUUGUGACCCAUCCCUUGGGGGAGGGGCAUACUAACUUGGAGGCUGUCUUGAAAUCAAGAAAUGAGUACUUUUGGAGGUGUUGGGCAAGGAAGGAUUUCUUGGACACUGGGAAGCUCUUCAAAAUCCUGAUCUCCACCAGCUGGGGAAGUCAAGUCUCUUCCUCCUAGCCCUCCCCACGCCAAUCCCUGCUGUCUUUAUGUUCAGCCAGGCCAGCUUAGUUGAUGACUGAGUUGACAUACCAGGUUAGCGGCUUCUAUUCUCAUCAACCUGUUGUUAUAACAUUGCCUCAUUUAUAUCAUAGAGAAGAUAUAUGACAUCAGAUAUUGGGUGAGAGAGCCGUAGCAGUCUUUGCCACUUCUGAUUCUCCUCCUGCUGCUGGUAGCGCUCUGCCACUUUUGUGCCAUGCCCUUGCCUUAUGACCACAUUCUACCCAUCCUUCAGGGCAGGCGAGGAGGGUUAGGCUUUGAUUUGAGGUAUGGGGACAUGGGGCUGUAAGUCUAGAGGUAGAAGGUACCUUGGAAGUCAUCUUCCCAACCUUAUUUUACAGAUGGGAGAAGUGAGGCCCAGGGAAAUGGAAUGAUUCACCCAAGGGUGGAACAAGUAGUGAGUGCCCCUCCUGUUGUGCUGGCUGCAGAAGAUUUGUCCCCAUUUGCCCCUUGGAGACCUUCCUAUAGACUCAGAUAUCCCCACUUCAAUCAGAGGCUAUCCUUUGUUCCUUUUUCUUUUUGUGUCUCAGCAACCCUCCCUGAUGGUAUUUCUUAUUUUAUAUAGUAGUGUUUUUUAGAGAAGGUGUUUUUAUAAAGCAAGUUGUUACCAGCAAUCCUGUUCACCUAUAACAAGCAUGUAUUAAGUAACUUCUUUAUGUGGAGCAUGGUGUAGUGAUAGGUGCUGGGUGAAUCCGAUGAAACUCCAUUCGAUAAGCAGUAAGCUACCACUGUUCAUCCUAGGUGCUGGGUAUACAAAGGCAGAAACAAAACAGCUGAUGCCCAUAAAAACAGUAGAAGUUAUGCCAAGAGCAGACUUGUGAUGGAGCACUUGCUGUUCUCUAACAUUUCACAAGCACAGCUAUGGAUUUCAGUGUUUUCAGGGUCUCCUAGAACCAAGCCAGCACUACACUUGUAAUCCAUGAAGUGUGUCCUUACAUGGGAGAUUGGAGGUUGCUGUAGAUGUUAAGCCCAUUUUUGAAGUGGUGAGAGAGAAGGAAAAUUCAGGUGAUUUGUAUUCUGCUCUCAUAUUCCUUGGGCACGUAUUUCAUGGCCAGCUUUGUGCUGGGGUUGCCGAGAAACACUCCCUGCCCUCAAGGAGGUUGUAAUCUGCUUGUCAAGGUUGGACAUGUGCAUGGAACAAACCCAAAAAAUGGCAUCAGUAGAGUUUAUUGGUGUUGAGAGGACAAAAAGCUGGGGGUCAGGAUUUAAUGUAACAAGUACAGAGAGCUGAGCCUUAAAGGAUGGGUAGAAGUUGGGCAAAAAUAAAGGAGUGUUAGUUGGUAGCAGGAGGGAUGAGGAAAGAAUUAGAAUUGGUAAGAAGGCCUCUUAGGAUGGUCUGAUUGAACCUUCAGUCCAUCAAGAAGCCCAUUGAAUCUGAUUUUAAUUGUUAAAUAUUAGCACCAUGGUCUAGUGAAAAUAUUUUUAAUAUAUUUUGUAUUUAUUUAACUGAAGCAAUUGGAUUCAAAUCCUAGCUCUGUCAUUUGUUACAUUUGUAACUUCAGGCAAGUCAUGGCACAUCUUUGGGCAUCAGUUUCCUCAUGUGUAAAAAGAUGGGACUAAAUGAAUGACCUCUAAGGGCCUUUCCAGCUCUACAUCUCUAAUCCUAUAAAUGUCUACUAUGCGUAAAGCACUAUCUUAGCCAGCCCGCAAAGAAAAAUGCAAAGACAGGUAAUUCUUGUCCCCAAGAAUCUUCAGAUCUAGUUGGGGAUUCUCCUAGUUACAAGUCAAAAAGUCCUAUGAAUUGUGUGGAUGGAGAGUUGUGAUUGCUGAGCUAUUUACUAUUGCUGGUCUUUGAAAUACAGAAUGGAAGCAUAGGGAAGAUGUUACAGGAUUGGAUGAAGAUGAGCCAAUGUCCUGGUUUUCAAAAAGGAUGGAUUUUGCGACGCUGGUGAUUUGGAGGUUCAUAGUUGCCCUGAGAUUUUAGAAUGUGGCAUGCUAGGAUUUAAACCUAAAGGGGUUGUUUUUUUUUUUUUUUAAAUAUUUCUUCCAGGUCCCUUAUUUUACAGAUGAAGAAACAGGCCCAGAAAAAUUAAAGGGUUUGUAGAACACUAAAGGAAUGAUUCCUGAUCAUAUAAAAGUGGGAAUGUGUUCAUCAAAAACAAGGCCUGUCAGAUAUGAUUGACAGCAUGAGGGAUAUCUUAAAUAUGUCUGGAUUUCAACAAGAUGUUUGACAGAAUCAUUGUAUUCUGGUGGACAAAAUAGAGUAAACUCUGGUGGUACAAUGA